AUGUCCCGGAGCAGCACAUCCCUAGACAGUGUGAAUGUCCCCUGGCCUACAUCUCUGGAGGCCGCUGGGGCUGAUGACCCAUUCUCACCCAUUGUGGACCCAGUGACAGUCCCCAUGGCACACUUGUUUGACCAGGCCGAGGCAACAUUGCAGAGUCAUAUUGACUCCAAAUGUGGGCAGAUUCACCAGGGCAACGUCCCUGCCUGUGUAUAUAGCUCUUGGGAGUGCAUAAUUCCUGGGGGCCUGGAAGUGGCUCCCUUCACCUGCAUCCCAGAAAGCAAGCCCCUGGAGCUACAGGCAGCAAGUGACCCGGACCUACAACAGAAAAUUAUACCCUGGAUGCCAAUGGCCCUUGAUCAGCAGCAACAAACCUCACCAGAUGCUGUCAUUGAACAUCCUAAGCUGCCCUGA